CAAAAAAAAAAAAAAAAAAAAAAAAAGACUGCGCGCAAGGUAAGGAGCGGGAGACUGAGGCAGGAAGGUUGGAGCUGGCCAGGGGCCACCCGCCAAAUGUCACCCGGGGGUGCGCGUGGGCGGGGGCAAAGCUUCAGCGCUUGGCUGGCGGUUGGUCCUGCGCUGGCGGUUGGUCCUGCUCGCGGCUAGCAGGACCCCCUAGGUCUCGAGGGACGGAUUCUAAACCACUGCACGUUGCCCAGGAGACCCCAGUGAUGGCACUGUGGACUCGCCUGUAUGGCCGCGUCCUGGAAAGCUCUAGGGUAAGUGGGGCCAGAACUUGUACAGCACCCGGUGAGGUGCUAGAAAUCAUCGUGGUCAGGUGUGCGGUCGCGGGGAUCUCUUGCUGGAGGGUCGCACCUGCCUGGGGUACUACCUGGAAGUCUUCAGCGAUCCCUGUCGCCCUCAUUAGGCCCGUCUGUCUAUGUGACACACUUAAUAGCCUCUCAUGAUCGUACCUCUCACCUUUCCUUCCUAACCAUUCUCCACUGUACUGAACUGCUGUAUUUCCAUUGUGAAGCCUUCUUUUUUUUUUUUUUUUUUUUUUUUUUUAGCUGUAAACUUAAGUUAGGUUGACUGAACAACCACUGCAGUCCUUGAAAAACAUCUCUCUUGAGCCAUAGCAAAUCCAAUUCCUUUCUGUGUUCACUAAAUUAAGCCCAAGAAUUCAGGCAGGCCUUCCCAGGAGCUGACUGCACACAGUCAAUAAGAUGUAAGAUGUAAGAUGCCUGUUGGAUUUUGUACUUGUCAGUUUUCCUGGCUGUAUACUGCUUCUGUGCUUUUCCUGAAAAAGGAUUGAGUGGAAUGGGCCCCUACCAGGAAAUAGAAAAAAACUAGGUAACAGAAGCGCACUUGUUUUCAAAACUAAAAAGUUUGCUUUUGCAAACAAAACCUCACAUGGUUUGCUCUAUUCUUUAUAGGAGAAAUAAGUAGCUCUCUUUGGGCCUUACAUCUUCCCAGCGUUGUUGUCUUCUUUAGUGUCUUCAUGUGGUGGCUUUCUGCAUUUAAUGGGUGCCUGGGUGUAUCUUCACAGAGUAUUUGCAUCCAAAGAAUAACAGAUCUGUGAAUAAAGAGAUUGUCAGCUUUCCUUUAUUAGCUACAGAUACUCAUAAAGUUGUAGAUUUGUGGGAACCUGUAUUUUCCGUAUAAUGACUAGUCCUGUGUUUUUGUUCCAAAAUGAUGUGUGAGGUGAUGCCCACCAUCAGUGAAGAAGGCCCUUCAGGAGGAAGUGAAAACCAUGGAUCUGGCUGCCCUUCACAACCAGAUGCAGAUUCCCAUUUUGAACAGCACAUGAUGUCCAUGCUAGAAGAAACAGACAUUGCUCAGAGCACACUGAUAGAGACUCAAGAAACAUUGGCGUUGACCCAGGGGAAAUUACUCGAGGUUGGUCAUGAGAGAGAUUCGUUGCAGAGACAACUCAAUACUGCGCUUCCACAGGAGUUUUCAACGCUUGCAAAAGAGCUCAACAUUUGCAGGGAACAGCUGCUUGAGAAGGAAAAAGAAAUUGCUGAACUGAAAGCAGAAAGGAACAACACGAGGCUGUUCCUGGAACAUCUGGAGUUCCUUGUCUCCAGGCAUGAACGCUCUCUCGAAACGACUGUGAUGAAGCGGCAGGCGCGGUGUCCUGCAGAUGUGUCCACAGAGAUGGAAGUGCUAAAAGCACUGACAUUCUUAUUUGACCACCACAAGACCCUGGACAAAGAGGUGCGAGAGCAAUUACGUGUAGCACUGCAAAGGUGCAGCUUGCUGGAAGAGGAACUGGGCGCUAUGCACAAGGAGCUAAUGACUCUUAAAAAACAGAAUAAUGAGAAAAAAUCACCAAGAGAUGGAGUGCUUGACCAUGAACAAGAAGAAACACCAAGCACUAAUGGAAAGUUGCUAGCUUGCAGAGAAGAAGAACGAGAUGACAAGACAACGAUAAAAUGUGGAACUUCCCCUCUCUCCUCUCCGAAGUCCCUUCAGCUAGACAGGCUGCACACAGGGGCGUUGCAAAUAGUCAGCCACGAGGACAUCAGGGACAUGCAAAAAUCAAAAAGUGCCCAGGAUGGUCCUGUGAGCAAUCCCAGUAGCAGUGACAGCAGGCAGGACUCGCCCCACAAAGCCCCAAAGAAGAAGGGCAUCAAGUCCUCCAUUGGUCGUUUGUUUGGCAAAAAGGAAAAGGGUCGGCCUGGACAAACUGGCAAAGAAUCACCAGGACAAGAAACCUCAUCUCAGGAUGCGUUCCGACUUAGCAAAUUGGGAAGAAAGGCUGAAAAAAAUCAAAAAUUUGGCUCCCAGGAAGGUCCUGUGAACAAUCCCAGUACCAGUGACAGCAGGCAGGACGCGCUCCACAAAGCCCCAAAGAAGAAGAGCAUCAAGUCCUCCACUGGUCGUUUGUUUGGCAAAAAGAAAAAGGGUCCGCCUGGACAAACUGGCAAAGAAUCACCAAGACAAGCUGUUGUUUCUGAAACAGAAAACUCAUCUCAGGAUGCCUUCCAACUUAGCAAAUUGGGAGGAAAGGAUGAAAAAAAUCGUCAACUUCAAAAACACUCAACAGGCUCCCAGGAAGGUCCUGUGAACAAUCCCAGUACCAGUGACAGCAGGCAGGACGCGCUCCACAAAGCCCCAAAGAAGAAGAGCAUCAAGUCCUCCACUGGUCGUUUGUUUGGCAAAAAGAACAAGGUUCUGCCUGGACAAACUGGCAAAGAAUCACCAAGACAAGCUGUUGUUUCUGAAACAGAAAACUCAUCUCAGGAUGCCUUCCAACUUAGCAAAUUGGGAGGAAAGGAUGAAAAAAAUCGUCAACUUCAAAAACACUCAACAGGCUCCCAGGAAGGUCCUGUGAACAAUCCCAGUACCAGUGACAGCAGGCAGGACGCGCUCCACAAAGCCCCAAAGAAGAAGAGCAUCAAGUCCUCCACUGGUCGUUUGUUUGGCAAAAAGAACAAGGUUCUGCCUGGACAAACUGGCAGAGAAUCACCAAGACAAGCUGUUGUUUCUGAAACAGAAAACUCAUCUCAGGAUGCCUUCCAACUUAGCAAACUGGGAGGAAAGGAUGAAAAAAAUCAUCAACUUCAAAAACACUCAAUAGGCUCCCAGGAUGGUCCUGUGAGCGUUCCCAGCAGCAGUGACAGCAGGGAGGACCCACUCCACAAAGCUCUAAAGAAGAAGAGCAUCAAGUCCUCCACUGGUCGUUUGUUUGCCAAAAAGGAAAAGGGUCCGCCUGGACAAACUGGCAAAGAAUCACCAAGACAAGCUGUUGUUUCUGAAGCCGAAAACUCAUCUCAGGAUGCCUUCCAACUUAGCAAAUUGGGAGGAAAGGAUGAAAAAAAUCGUCAACUUCAAAAACAGCCUGAGUUGCUGGAGGAAGCCCAGAGGCAAGGCUUACCAUUUUCACAGUGGGACGGGCCAACCGUGGUUGAAUGGCUGGAGCUCUGGGUUGGGAUGCCUGCUUGCUAUGUGGCUGCCUGCAGAGCAAAUGUGAAAAGUGGGGCCAUCAUGUCAGCUCUGUCAGACAGACAGAUCCAGCAAGAGAUUGGCAUCAGCCACCCUCUGCACAGACUGAAGCUGCGGCUGGCCAUCCAGGAAACCCUGUGGCUCACCAGCCCUUCGGCUCCACCCACAUUGAAAAAGACCACAGGAAAUGUCUGGUUAACACAUGAAGAGAUGGAAACACUCGCAGCCACAUCUCAGAUGGAAGAUGAGGAGGGAAGCUGGAUUCAGACACUUGCAUAUGGGGACAUGGACCACGAGUGGAUUGGCAAUGAGUGGCUGCCCAGCCUGGGCCUACCUCAGUACCGAAGCUAUUUCAUGGAGUGCCUUGUGGAUGCUCGGAUGCUGGACCACCUGACCAGGAAAGACCUGCGGGGGCGGCUGAAAAUGGUUGACAGUUUUCACAGGAACAGUUUCCAGUGUGGACUUAUGUGCCUGAAAAGGUUAAAUUAUGAUCGGAAAGAACUGGAAAGAAGAAGAGAAGAAAGUCAGCAUGUAGUUAAAGAUGUGCUUGUUUGGAGCAAUGAUCGAGUGAUUCGCUGGGUCAUAUCCAUUGGCCUUAAAGAAUAUGCAAACAACCUCAUAGAGAGUGGGGUUCAUGGCGCACAGCUGGCCUUAGAUGAAGCCUUCGAUUACAACACAUUGGCCCUGUUGUUACAGAUCCCGACAGAGAACAGAAAGGCUCGAAAUGUCUUGGACAAAGAAUUUGCCGACCUUUUGGUCCUUGGGACUGUCAGACGUUUUGAUGUUGAGCAUGACAAACACUUUAGGAGAGCACCUUCAUGGAGAGAGAAGGUUAGAGAAAAGGCCAUUCAUGGCGUGGCAACUGGGUCAUCAGAGACACUCCCUGCAAACUUCCGAGUCUCUUCUUCCAAGUCUUCCCACUCUGUGCAGCCCAAUGAGAUCCAGAUGGAUGGCAGUGUAUCAGAAACACAGAAGUUGGAUUCUGCGACAGUCAGGACUUCCUCCCGUUAAGCCUCCUGUUGUUCUGAGACAGGUAAACCUACACAAGGUGGAGCUGCCUGCCCCCUCCAUGGACCACGCUCAAAUGCAGCAGAAGAUACUGGGCAAGAAAAUGCCCCACCCUGGCAUUCUUUGAGACCUUACUCCAGGGCUACUGGACUGUCCUAGCCACCAGAGAGUGGGUAAGCCAUCCUAAGUUCUAGCCCUCAUAGGAAAUGUCGACACUGCCAGAUUCAUCACCGACAGAAAAUCGCUGCUGAAGACUGAGGAAGUUCAGGGCAACAACAGCCCCCUUUAAGGUGUCCGUCUCAGAUUCCAAGUCGCACAAAACUCUCAGGUAAGACAUUCUCUAUAUUUGUGGACAUAGAGGCCAUAUAUACAGAGUUCUUCCUGAGUUUUCAGGCUGCUAUAUUAAGUCCUCAGUCUCUAUGAUGGGGUAUUGAUGGUCAACCUAUGUCAUUUACAAACAGGGCCUAUUUUGUGCAGGUCCCAGUCUUCUCACUUGGUUUAUACUUUUUCAGGAUACAUAAAAGCCUUUCUCAUACUUGCUAAAGUUCUGUUACAGCAAAUCAUUCCAAGGACUACAACCAGGUUACAGUGACCCAUGCCUAAAUCAAAGUUGCUAGACUGCCAUCCUGGUUUCACAUCACUCAGGCUAAGAGGUGCCCUCCCAGCCCUAAAUCUGAUCAUUCUGAGUGGUCAUCUCAUCUUCUGUCUCCUACCUGUCUCCGUCUCACAAAGGCCUCGCAGCCACAGUUAACAGGCUAAGUCAUGUUUUGUUAUCCACUUUGGUUCCUAAUUUCUUACAUUCUAUUAAUGAUCAUUUUUACAGCAGGACUCUUUAGCAGUAUUGCCUACAGACUCCAACAUCAUGCAUACCAGAGACAAGCCUUACCAACCUACCGUCUUAACUUUUAUGCUUUCAGAUGGGGGAGUAAUCACCUCUCAUAACUCCACUCCUCCUAACCCCACGUUUAAUUUUCAGAAUUCUGCCUCACCGUGGAAAUGUUUCUACCUCAACAUGGUCCUGAUAGAAUGAUAUGUCUAAAUCAAAGGCACCUUUCCCUUUACCUCACCUGGGUCCUUAAAUAUGACAGUGCCAUGUCUCCUCAUAACAUCUUGUCUCUUUGUUUUUCCAGUCUGACAUACGUGCAUUCACCAGUGAAGCUGUCCUGGCCAAAACACCUGGUACCAGCGUCUACCUGGGCAUCAACCUUCAUCCCGUCAACUCCCCUAGGCUCCAGUACAGCGCCCUUUGCCAGCAGGAAGUAGUUAAAGAGAGAAAGCUUUGCCCCUUUUCAUAAUAACCAUAAGACGGGAUAUGAAAGGUUUGGCCCAGACAGGACACUGUAGCCAGGAAAGCCACAACUGGAAGCAGGAAGCCCCAUCUUGCCCUGCCCCUAGGAAGUUACCUGUGACGCCAUCUUCCCGCCCCUGGGAAUUUACAUAUGGCGCCAAACCUAGGACCAAUGGGCUACCUGUGUAUCCCUAAUGCCCGCCUUAGGUUCCACCCCAAACCGAGGUUAUUUACAGGCCCCCACGCCGCGUGUCCGCCGGAGAGAUCGCCGGACGCCAGCGGUGGGGGUUGCCGGUCAUCUCUCUCCGUGUUCUCAGAAUAAAGGCCGCUUUUUAUUUUAUAUUUCUCAUCUUUUGUUAAUAUUUUUCAUCUUUUGGAAGUAACUCUAUCAGUUUUCACCUACAAUUCUGAUUUUUUCAUAUCAAGUGGCCUUUGGAUGCAUUAAAGUUUAUCAUACAAGUGACAGAGAUGUGGGCACUUUCUUCAGUUUUGCAACCAAAGCAAAUGCCUCACUGGCUUCAUCCUAGGCUGUCCCAAAUACCAGGGCCUCAAAGGACAUGGAGGAUUUUAUGAAAGUGAGAGGCAGUUUCACUGUGAAUUGCAGAUCAUCCCUGAGAACAAUGUGAUCCAUGUGGAAAAACUCAGGGCUUCUAGUCACCACCAGUGAUGAAAGACUCUCAUGGUUAAAGUCCUCAACAUUCAGGUCCAGCUCUCAAAAGAGAAAAAGCUACACCAGACUCUCACCUGGGUCGUAGUCAAAAUGGGGAACGAACUGAAGCCUGAUUACCAAGGGAAAUAGCAACUGGGCAAUGAAAUAAUGAGUCAUGAGGCCAUGAGCAGGAGAAGAAUUCAGCAAUCUCAGGGUCAUAAACCAGACCCAGAGAAGAGGCAUUUGUGAGAAAAGGACACCCAAUAGGACACAAGGUUAGACAGCAGAGAGCAGGCAGGGCUGAUCACAUUGUAUCGCCUUGCAGAAAUGAGAAAAAUCUCAAAUCUGGGACUGCAGGUACAGCUCAGUUGCAUAGUGCUUCACUAGAAUUUGGAGGUGCUGGGUCAGUCUUAAACAUCCACAAGAAAACAGACAGAAGAAAACUUCCAUCCUCAUCCAUCAUGAGACCAUACUCAUCUCAAUCUGUGGACAUCAAUGGGACAUGAGGAGUGUUCAGACUUCACCAAAUUUCAAUCACAGCAGCCAAGGAUGUGCCUAACCAGGGGGCCUAGGAGCUAUGACAGGAAGAAAACCUCUGAGCAGAGAAGCACACAGUCCAGCCUUAACAGGAUAGUGAAAAUUUUUGGUUGAAAAUGAAGACCUCAGCACCGUAUUGCUCUACUUUGCUCUCAGACAGCAGCAGGAUCUGCAGAGCCCCACAACAAAGGUGAGUCAGCAAGAGGGUGACAUCCUCAAGGCCAGCUGCUAGGAAGCCAACUGCUGGGUCCACUGGGUAGAUUGCAUACCAGAGCCUGAGGCCAGACUCAAGCAUCUCCAUUUAACACUGUGUAUGCAGAAUUACCAUCUGUACAAGAAAGGAUCAUACAAUCCUCAUUUUUGAAUUUUAAUGAAACUUUAAAUGAAAAUAUUACCCAACUCAGUACUUAACAGCUCCCAUGAAAGUCCCCAAAACAAAAGAUCUUCAACAUUUGUACGAGAAAAAAAGUUAGCCAUAGAGAAUAACAGUUCCCUUAGAUAAUAAUUGCACAAAUCAAUACAUUAUUUUCCUCGUAUGGGCUUCCAUAAUGCUCAGUGCUACAGCAGAGCCACAGUCACAGAACUUUUUCCUUUUUAAGACAGGAUGAUAUGGAUAAAUUUUACAUUUAUAAAAAGCCACAUUUCUAGUAUACAAUACUAUUGAUUUUGACACAUGUGUAACUGUGUGUCGAAAAACAUAUUCUGGCUCUAAGUUAGGACCAGUAAGUACCCAUUGGCUUUCCAGGGUGCACUCUGUUCACCCACAACAAACUCACCUGAGACUCACUGCUGCCUGCACCCUGCAUAAAUGCUCUAGAUGUCUCAGAUACUCAUAGAGAGCUUUCCUUCAAUGUGAACACCACAAACUAUUUAAAUUGCUGUGUUUUCUAGGGAACACAUUUGUUUUUAAUUUUGGAUAAAGUAUAUCAGUCAUUCCUGCUGUCAUAAUUCCAUAGAUAGCUCCUUUGGAGGUGAGGAUCUCACCUUGGUGCAUCCCAUUGUAUCUUUACACCACACUGAAAACAUCAUCAUGGGCUCUCCAUGGUGCCACUCAAUAUGUCUGUUCUCCUGGUACACACUAAGCAAGCAAACAAUGGCCACUUUAUAGAAAAAACAACUUUAAAACCCACUGUCUUCGCUGUCUUAGAACAGACAAUGCUGAUUUGCAAUUGAAAAUGGAUGCAUAAAUGGAAUCAGCUAGCUCAUUAUUCCCACAGGGGAACAAAGUUUUCCUCCUUAACAAUGGAAUAUUUUUAAUUAACUGAUGUUGAAAAAAUGCAAAGCAGAAUCUCUGUAACACAAAAUCUUACCCUUCUUUCCUGUGGACUGAAGUUUCUCAGUACUGACAUCUGGACAGCACACAGGGAGGCCACACACAGAGGUAUGACCUGGAGAGGGGCCAGGAGGAAAUGUUGGGAGUAAGAAUAUGAGGGACACAGGCUCUGGGACACCUCUAGGACUUUAAAAGGACAGAUUCCCUCCUGGAUCCUCCAGAGUGAAUGCAUCCUGACAGCAUCCUGGCUCUAUCACACUGAACACUGAGUUGGACUUCUGACCUGCAGAAGUGUAACAUGAUGACUUUUGCAUGUUCAAGAAGUGAAUUCAUGUGAAAUCUUUCUGUAGAAAUGGAAAAGUAAUGUGGAUGUCUUUACUUAGUUUUUCUGUAAGAAUCUUUCAUAAUAAAGUAUGUAAGGCACACCAGUCCAUUUAAUUUUCUGCUAAACCUUGUCACCAUUCUUAUCAGAAGGAAUGGGAUACAGUUUUUAGGUAGAUGGAGAGAGUGCACCUCCCAUGUCACAUGGCCAGCAAACAGCAGGAUAGACACUAAAAUGAGUUCAAGAUGCUCCAGGAUGAAUCAAACGGGGAGAAUGACUACAACACUGGUUGCAGACAUUAUGUUAUGUCUUCAGCUUAUAAGCUGCUGUUAGUAGCAGUGAAAUGUCUUCCAAACCCAUGGUGACUGAACUGGUGAGUUAACCACAGACCCUUGGGUGUCUGUACAGUGAGUGAGCAGUUUCUGAUGGAAUGAGGAUAUGUAGCUGACCUGUUUGAACCUAGCCUGGGCUGCACAGUGAACUCAAGGCCAGGACGAACUACAAAGUGUGAUUGUGUCUCAAAAUUCCCCAAAUUAAGAAAGAUUUCAAAGGAAUUACCCCCCUAAGAACAAUUUUAAUUAAUCUAGUACAUUGGAAUGUACAUAUAUGCAUUUAUAUAUAGCCAUAUAUAUAUAUAUAUAUAUAUAUAUAUAUAUACAUUUAUAGAUACAUAUUCCUUCAUGUCUGUGUACAAAGAUACGGAUUAACAUGUAAAAACAUAUAGAGAGAUGUAUUUCUAUACAAACAUAUGUUUAUAGUAUACCCAUUUACAUGUUAAUAUCUGUUCGUAUUCAUAUUAACAUCUCUCUGUGGAGAUAAGUAAGACAGGAUAUUCAUCAAUUAAACUACUGCCUGGGAAUUAUGUAUUGAUUACCUAAUGCACAAUCAUUGUCUCUUUCUCCACUUGCCUUCAACAGGACACCUAAUUCUCUAUCUGAAACAGAAAUUUUUUUUUAUAUUCCUGGAAAAUUCUGUUGACAGCAGUGCCCCAUGGUGUGUAACCCUUGUGCCCAUGAAGACUAACAUCUCAAUAGUUCACCUCUAAACCACAUUUGCCAGAAGCCCUCUCCAGGCUCCAUGUUGUCACUAGCACAAAGCUGCUGUGCUGAGCAGUAACUGGAGGAGGCAGUGGUUUCCUUACUGGGGAAGAGCACUGAGGCACCAUGCUGCAGUAUGGACAGGGCCUUUAGAAAUGGGAUCCUUCCUCCUAGUGCUGGACAGCACAUGGACUUUGCUCUUCUGAUUUUCCCCAAAUAUAGAGAUUUGAAGCAACUUUGCUCAUGGGAGAGGCUUCCCAUCCUGCCCUUUACUAUGCCCACCAGGAGGCUUCCCUUCAAGUUCCAGAUAAAAACUCAACCUGUCUUGAUUCAUCUGGACCCUCAUUUCAGCAUUUCAAAAUGAGGCUCCCUGCUCAUUUCCUGGAGCUGGUAAUGCUCUGCAUCCCUGGUAAGGAUGGAGGGAGAUGAGGAUGGAGAAUGAGUGAGUGGGAUGGGGUCCCACUGUUACCUGUGUUGUUCUCUCCAUGUGAGAGACUGCAUCCUUCAGGAACAGGGUGAGAACAAGAGCUUGAGGUCUGUGUGAGUGAGGAAAAUUCCACUGGAGUUGGAGCUAUGGUGAGGUGAUGAUGUCACAAUGAAAGAGAAGGAUGAUCCACAUUAAUUCUCAAGUGGGUGCAAAUGUUGGAUACUUUAUUAUAAGUGAACACUUUUUCCUAUAUAUGAAAAUCGCAAAAAUAAUUUAGCUUCAAAUAUGAAAUAAUGGAGACAAUAUGAAAA